ACGACGCCCACCCUACACUCUAUGCAACCUAAUUGCAAGUAAAAUUGUUUUAGUACACGCUGCAUCUCCAUUUUAAGUCGGAAUUCAAAGUACACGGCACGAGCAGUGGAAUGUGCCCCGGCAUUCCGGCGCCCCGUGCCAUAUUUUGACGCCGCCGCCGCUGCGUCACAUGACUUAAACCGGCCGGUGUUUAGAGUACAUCCGUUCAGAGUGCCCGCGAACCUCACUGGGUGACGACGUUCACGCUCCGCUCUAUACAUGCAGUUAAAUACGAUAACAAUAAAUUACAUUCGCUGUGAUUGUUUAUCGAAAAUGGAUUGCGAAGACCUUACAUAAGUGCUUCAGCUUGUGAGAGUGUAUUAUUAUAUCCGUGAAAGGAUAAAAUGUAAAAAGACAAAUUGUAUUUUAUCAUCUGUGUUUGUGAUACAGUGUACUGUUGUAUUUGUUGUGACAGAAAGUGAAUACCUAGGUAUGGAAACACGAAAUUAUUGGGAGGAGAACGGACAUUCCGUUAAAUAUGACAACUACAACUCCAACGACGGCUUUGGCCGCGUGGCCGGCGAGCAGCUCAACUUCGCCGCGCCCUCGGAGGACGAGGCGGAGUACCCGCCCGGCGCCUACCUCAAGAAGGGGAAGGUCUCGAGGCAAGAUCCGAUGUCGCAUCGCAUAAUCGAGAAGCGUCGCCGCGACCGCAUGAACAACUGCCUGGCGGACCUCUCGCGGCUCAUACCGCCCGAGUACCUGAAGAAGGGCCGCGGCAGGGUCGAGAAGACGGAGAUCAUAGAGAUGGCCAUCCGCCACCUCAAGUUCCUGCAGGAUCGCGCGAACGCCGCUGACCGGCAAGUGGGCGAGGAACACUUCAGAGCCGGCUACCAGGACGCCGUGGCCGAGGUAAUGCGGUUCCUCAUCGAGGUGCAUGGCUACGGACCUGCUGAUGGACUCUGUGUUCAACUGUCUGCGCAUAUGCAGAGGCACUGCGAGGCUGUUGCUAAAGGGGAGCCAAUAAAUCGUGACGUGAAACCCCGCUCGCACCAAGGCUCAUCAUCCGAGACAGCCAGUUCGUCGGGCAGCUCCCACGGCCACGGCUACGCAAUGAAGCAGGGCGUCAUCGCGCAGGCGCCGCCUCCCGCGCCGCCGCCCUUCAUCAGGGAACCCUACGAAGAACGGCCCACGGAGACACCGUACCCCAUGGAAUGUGAUCGAGUAUCAGUGGCCCAGACCCCUAUGGUAGGGGACGGAGAAGUCCAGCCCGAGGACGAGCCCCUGCCCUUGGACGGGCGCCGCAAGAGGGAACCGAACCUACGCACCGUGCGGAAGCCCGAACACACCGAAGACUUCCUUCACUCCUACAAGUUCAAGAACUCCAUCGAAAGGCGAUUCUCCAGAUCCCAAGACACUGAGGUAAACGUGCAGGCGGCGGACAUGCUGGCCCGCACUGCGCACGCGCACGGCAAGGUGUACUCGCACAAGCGGCGGCGCGCCGCCAAGCCCGCGCCCUCCACCUCCACCUCCGCGUCCGGGUCCACGGAGGACGCGCGGGACACCUCGCCACAGGACACGUCGAGCGAAUCACCUCAUCAUCAUCAUUACGACAAGCCACCUCCUCCAACGCAAUACGUUCCUGUAUUUGCGUUAAAUGCUCUAGGCAAGUACUACGUCCCGCUGAGCGUGGAGUACGCAUGCCUGGCGCGACACCUGGGCCCCUACGACGUGCUGGACGCGCGCGCCGUGGCGCUGGCCGCGCCGCUGCACCCCGUCACCAUCCACGUCAACUUCCAGCCCUGCCUCAACUACCACGUCAAGCGCGAGCCCAACGACCGCGACCAGUGGCGGGCCGUCUAAUCACACCAACACGGCCCACAUACUGCGGCAAAAAUACCAAUCUAACCAUCGAUGUCGAAAACGUAUGGUAGUUAGCGACGCGCCCUAUUCGGAUGAACCCGUAUACUAAAUUGCGUCAGCGUCGGCUAAACCCACGUGAUCCAGUGCCUCGAGUACAUUGAUACAAGCGCCACUUAUUGUCAUGACGACUGUGAUGCUAUAGGGCGCCGACAUUUGAAUGAGACAGCUAAUAAUUUUAUGGACGUUAAUGGGGCAAUCUCCGGCUUCGUCAAUCAAGAGAUAGAGCAGAUUGCCCCGAUAAACGUCGCGAGCCAUAAUAGCAAAACUAUUACCCAAACUUAAAUAAUCCAUAUUUUUAUAAUUGACAGCUGAAUAUUUUCGAGUUUACCUAUUGACUAAAACAGUCACCUAUAGGUAUCUUCUGAAGUGGGUACUUACGUCCGUGGUGAUUCCAGGUGAAUACAUUUAAUACUUACAGCAUCCCAAAUAAAAUCUGAUCAGAUUUAUUCUACCUGAAUUUAGCUGUAUAAGUAUUUACCAAUAGCAUAAUCUUCGGCUGUUCUAGUCAAAUGAAAGUCAAAGUGAAGUGUUGUUUAAUGAACAGUGAUUUUGGCAUGUUCAUGUUCAGCGUACAUAAAUAAUUUAAGUAAAAACUACCUAAUGACGGAAGGUAUUUCGGUACGGACAUUUAAUAUAAAGGACCAUUUAAUUAUAAGAAUUUAACUAAGAACACAACUAUCGGUGUACCGUGAAACAAUUUGUUUGAAGGACUUUAAAUAAGGGUGUGGACUAUGUUUUCAGUGUUCUAAGUUAUGGCUGUGAUAUGUAGAGUAGUCAACUAACUGACCGCUGCGGUGAUUAUAAUCAAUGGUAUACCGAGGAUGGUUCGACAUUUGAUACUUACUAUAUUAGUUCACAGUAUAAGUCUUUGAAAUUUAAUGAAGAAAUAGUUUUAGUACCCUACUUUAAAGUGGUUCUAAUUUUCUUUUGUCAUUAUGUUUUACACGUUACUUGUACUGCUAAGUAUCAUGUGCAGAAACAGCUUUAGAUCAACUGCUGAUAAAUCUCCUCAGAAAUGGGUGUUGCUAUUAAGUAAAGAUUAUUUUUAAUUAAGGUAACACAAAGCCAAACAUGAAGAUACAUAAGUGUUUUCAAUGUUAUUAAGACAUAUUUUUGUUUCCCACCUAAAUUCCGCUGAUUUAGUUUUCACGCGCUGGAAUGCAGGUGAAUAUUGUUUCUUAUUGUUAUUUAAUUGUAUGGAGGCACAGGUCAAUUAUAUAGCGGCGGCACUACGUCACUGCAGCUAAAUGUAUUACAAAGCAAUCGUGACGAGUGCCGGCAUUAAAUAAUACACGUGUAGUGGUGAAUCAUAGUGACAAGGUGUGGUGUCCACUCACGGACAAGAUAAAGACUGAGGUUUUUAUUUAGAACUAGUUGAUUUUAUGAUUGCUUAACUUAGAUUCUUACCCAAAUGAAAAGUUGAACCAACUGUAGGUAAGAGUUCAAUAUGUAAAGUGUCAAAAUUUACGUAAGUUAGUACUACCAUUAAAAUAGUCUGUGAAAUAUAUACUUUAUAUUUUGUAAAUAAACCUGUUUAAGUAAUAAAUGUUAAAUAUUUUAAUGA